UCUUGAUAUAAAAGCCGUUGGCAUUAACUGCAUACGACAGCUUCGAAGCAAAACAAUGAAAGCUAUCGUAUACGUAUUUGUGGCCCUUUUGGCCUGUACUGCCUGUAAGGCCUACGAGGUGGAUCUCCUAACCGAGGAGCAAUGGAAUCGCCUUGUCGAACGUAAUCCUGUGAAACCCGAUGAGUAUGGUUUGAUAUUGAACUCACAGGCGAAAAAGGCGGUGAAAAAUUUGAUGGAACAGCUGCCCUGCGGCUUUCCCGAAUACGGUGUUCCCCCACUAGCACCCUACACCAAUGCCGAGAUCUCAGUCCACCUGGCUCAAUCCGUUGUUGAUUCAUUGCUUCAGUUUCUUCGAUUUCGUUUCGAUGGCUUGGAGACAAUGGAGAUCAAGCAGAUGAAAGUCAGCUAUACUUUCAGCAAGAAGGUCAAGUUCCAUUUCAAGUUCAAGGAGCUAAAAGCCAGCGCUCAUGUACUCAACACAGAUACCUUGAUCGAUAUGCUGGAGGAAUUGGGACUGUCUGUGCGUUAUGAAGGCACUGGUCCCCUCUCCUUUUCGCUGGAGAAUCUGUCGAUUCAGGGACAGUUCAAGUAUAAGAUGCCCUUCAUCUUUGGCUCCAUUAAGAUCUACAAAUUUGAGUGUGUCGUUGCUUUGGGUGGUGUUACUUCACACAUCGGUGGCGUUUUAGGAAACGGAAGGAUGAACGAGAUGAUCAAUGAUAUCAUUGAAUACGAAGUGCCCGCCUUUAUCAACGGACGUCAACAGCAGAUCAGUGAUAGAAUCGAGCAGUUCUUUGUGCCAUUGGUUAAUGAAAAGCUCAACGGUCAUAAAAUCUGGUAUCUACUGAAGAUGCUCACCAACUCGACUAAGAAGUGCUCGCCCACACCAGCCCCCUGGCUGGCCGUGCAGUGAAAAAAAGAGCGACAGUCAAACAGUCAAUUGCCAAUAAAGCAAGUGUAGCGAUUUAA